AUGGUGCAAGUAGCAGUUGCUGACAAUGACCAAAUUCAUGGCCACCAAGGACCGGAGAAACGAACGAAGCCAAAUACCUACAUCUACCUGCUAACACUAAUGGCAGCAAUGGGCGGUCUGCUAUUCGGCUAUGAUACGGGAAUCGUUUCUGGGGCAAUGCUCUACUUACCGAGCAGCAAAAAUAUGGAAGGUUGGACGACAAUAUGGCAAGAAGUGAUUAUCAGUGUAACACCCGGAAUGGCCGGUGUUGCUGCUCUCUGUGCUGGUCAGUAG